UAUAUAUGAAGAAAAAAUUACAUGAAUAAUAUCAUCAAGGCCAGAAAGAUGAAGCUUCACAUCAUCUCAACAGAAAUCAUCAAACCCUCUUCUCCAACCCCUUCACACCUCAAAACAUACAAUCUUUCCUUAAUUGAUCAAACAAUGAACAGUAAUAACUUUAUACCUUUGCUUUUAUUCUACCCCAACACCGAAAAUCGCAGUUUCCAUGCUAAAAAACUUGAUAUGAAGAACUCAUUAUCUCAAAUCUUAACAAAGUACUAUCCUUUUGCUGGCAGGUAUGCCAAAGCUGCACCAGCCCAUGUAGACUGCAAUGAUGAUGGUGCUGAGUUUCUUGCAGGAUCUAUUGAUACUACACUAUCCGAUUUUCUGCAAAAUUCACAACAUGAAGAUCUCGAUCAAUUUUUUCCAUAUCGUCAAGUAUGGUUUAAUUCAGAUCGUAAAACUGAAAGCGACCAAGUCAUGAUCCCACUCGCGGUUCAGAUUAACCAUUUUGAAUGUGGAGGAGUGGCGGUGGCAGUAUCAUUAUCCACAAGGUAGCGGAUGCAAUCAGUUGUUUUCAUUUUGUCCAUGAUUGGGCAAAAACGACACAACUCUACUUACAAAAGUUGGAACAUGCCGAACCUCCCUCCGACCCCAAGUUUAUUUCUUUCCCAUAUAACAACAUAAACUCCAACUCCUUUACGCCUAAUGGAACAAAAGAGUGUGUGACAAGGAAUUUCACAUUCCCAUACUCGAAGAUAGACGAGCUUAUUAAACUCAAAGAUAAAACCAUGAUCACUAACGCCACUCGUGUUGAUGUUUUGACAUGGUUUCUUUCUAAGUGUCUAGUUACUAUUAGUUUAAAUAAAAUUUCAUAACGUAAAUUCACAUGUAAAUUAACAAGAAUUUGAAGGUGGAUGGAUGGAUGGAGGUCAACAUGAUAGCAGAUGCACAAUGGUCAUUGACGAGUUGUAUGGACUUUUACGUCAUAAAAUCAAGGGUUAGGACAAACAUUUGCGAAGGAUUUGGAUGGAUAAUUGAUCAUCAGUAGGUUUACGCUUUUCUCUUAGUGGUUGUUUAUGAUUUCUUCGUCGUCAUUU